UCCUACAUGAGGUAUAUCUUUCUCCCUUUUACAAAGGGUUGUUAAAGCAUUGAGGAUGGAAGAGAAUUAUCAGAAAAGACAGAGGAGCCGACUUUAUCUUCUAAAUAACAUUUGAUGACUCCUGGAUAAACACCUGGAAAUGCGAUAUUUCACUUUUGUUCUGAAGAAAUUAAAAUCAAACUGGAAUUGUUUUAGUGUUCUCUGAGACAGAUCCCAUCAAAUUUAUUAUAGGACAGAUUCCUGUUUGUCUAUCAAAUAUUCAGAUCUCCUCCCCCCUCCCCCCCAAAAAAAAAAACAAAUCCUGAAAAGCAUCUUAUUCACUGACUAGAAUCUGAAGUUUCCUUGGCUAACUGACUGGAAGAAUCUGUCAUUCUCAGCACCCUGAAAAUGGACUCUGCUUACAGAGGUACUGAUGAAGAAAAUGUAGAUCAUGUUGCAUCUCUAGAUGAAGAAAUGGUGCAUAGCUCCAGUCUUCAUUUUACAUUCCCCUAUGGCAUCCUAUUUUCUACAUUCCUUUACUGUGGUGAGGUUGCUUCUGCUAUCUACAUGAUUGAUGUUUAUCGAAAAAACAAUGACAGGUUCUGGACAGGAUUUACAUCCAUUUUCUGCUUUGGUGGAUCUAUUAUGGCCCAUUUGACUCUAUUAUUUGUUUAUAAGGACUUAUCCAAGAAUAAGCCUCUAUUGCUAUUCAUGCACUUUCUACCUAUGGGACCCAUUGUAAGAUGUCUGGAAGCUAUUGUGAUAUAUCUUCAGUUGCUGAAGAAACAGAAACAGAAACAGAAACGUGAAAAAGACCAAUCCUAUGCUAAUACAUCACGAACAAAGGUAUUCCAAAAUGGUACUGAUGUGACAAUGCAAUGGGAGAUUGCCUACUCAAUACAGCUAUUAAUCAUGCACUCUAAUUUCUUCAAACGAAUGACAUUGAUUCAAGCCUUCCUGGGGUCAGUGCCACAGCUAAUGUACCAGCUAUAUGUCACCUUUACAGCACGUCAACUUCCCUGGGGUAGAGCAGUGCUGAUGAUCUUUGCCCUGAUAUCUACUACCUAUGGGGCUAUCGUCUGCAAUAUAUUGGCCAUUCAACUCAAGUAUAAAGAUUAUAAGAUCAACCUACACCCUCUAGAAUUCAUCUGUAUCACCAUCUGGCGUUGUCUGGAGAUAACUUCCCGGCUUAUAAUUCUGGUGCUCUUUGGUGUAUCCUUAAAGUUGAGAGCUGUGCCUUUCAUGUUAGGUGACUUGACAUUUUUCCUAUUGGAGCCCUGGGUUGAAUUUUUGAUAAGUGGUGCUAAAUUUCCUAACAGUACUGAAAACAUUAGCCAGGUGGGCACUCUUGUCAUGCUUAUGUUAGUCACUAUUCUAUAUGCAGGCAUCAAUUUCUCCUGCUGGUCAGCAGUAAAACUGCAGUUGGCUGAUAGAGAAUUAAUUGAUAAAUCACAGAACUGGGGUCACAUGGCUCGACAUUAUAGUGUCCGAUUAAUAGAAAAUAUAAUCAUGGUUGUGGUAUUUAGGUUGCAAGGGGGAAAAACAGUUCUCUAUUGCUGUGAUACAUUAAUUGCCCUACAGCUCAUCAUAACUUACUUGCUAUCUAUUGGUUUCAUGCUACUCUUCCAUCAGUAUUUGCAUCCAGGAUGGUCAGGGAAAGCUUUACCAGAAUAUGUUGAAACUCAUCCUGAAGAAAUAUGAUACUGCUAUAAAUGUUUAUAAAACUAAAUAUGUUAAAAUUAAAGAAAAAAGAAAUAUCUGGAAAUUUGCUGCUAUGUUUAGGUCAGAUUUGGGCUAGCUUAAUUGAGAAUGCAAUGAAAUGUCAUUAGGAUAAAAGACAUCUAUAGCUUUUCCUUGUCUACCAAAGAAGAUGGAACAGGUAUUUCUGAAGUUUGUCUGUUUGGUUGCUCCAAAGGUAUUUCUUACCAUUUUCUUUUAUUUUUUAAAAAAUUAAAAAAAAUUUAUUAAAAAUAUUUUUCUAUGGUUACAUGA